AAAAGGUUCUGCCCCCAGUUUAGUGAUCAUGACAACGAUAUGGGAGGUGUCAAGGGAAGUAGCUUUCAUAAUUACAUAAUAUUAGAGAAUUUGGAGAAAGAUCUAUGCCCCACCUUAAUGGUGCAUUUCAUACGCGAGCAGACUUCAUUAACAGGACAGGCAUACGUUUUCCCAAGCUUGACAAUGGAAACAUAUGCAAGAGGAGCAAUCGUAGCCGAUAACAUAUCUAACCUUAAAAGGAUUUGUGAUUUCAUAAGCAACCCAAAUCAUCUUAUCGUAUCUUUAUCUGGAAGGCCGUGGGUAAUAGCUGAAGACAUGCUCAGGACAAGAAGUUUCAACUUAAACUCAUGGAGCUUGCAGCCAAGGUUUGAGAACAUAUAUACAAGGAGCGAGUUAAAGGUUGUUCGAUUAGGGACAGAAGAAUACAUGAGAGCUAAAGCACUAAAAGAUCUAUAUAUGGAAUUUUGCAAUCAUCUAAAUGGACUUGCUCAGAGGUUAGACAUGGAGGAGAAGAAGCGGCAACCAUCCAUCACAAAUUAGUUGCAGUAACUAGUAAAUACGCAGUUAAAUAAUUAUGCAGGUGUGUGUUGUAAAGGACUAAAGGUGCAAGAAAUGUGUUGUAGUUUUGUGUAGUUAACACUGACAUAGCAGUUUAAUGGAACAAGCAAAGAUUUUUAUGAAAGGGGUGCAGUGCAAGUUAUCAAAUCCAUUUUUGUUAGAACGUCUACUUAAUUAUCGACUUUCACAAUGCCGUGUAUAAGUUUAUAUAGCGUUAUGGCUCUAGAUUUUGGUGUUUUAACAGAGCUAUGUCUAAGAAGCUGUUUUAUGGUUACCAAAU